UUCGGGAGCACCGAGGAGCGGAGAAGCUGUGCGAUCAUCUUCAGGUCGUGCGUAAUGAAACGCGCCGUUGUUCUGGAAAUCAGCCGCCACGCAGAGCUCCACUCACUGCACACCUGAGAGCGCCGCUACAGCCGGGACUGCUUCCUCUCACAGACUGGUUUGAGUCACUCUCGCAGGGGUUUCUGCCUCAGAGAAGCCCACAGUACCUGUGUGAAUCUCGGAUGCUCUGUCCAUAGUUUUCACUGCCCAGCACCAGCAGCACUGCGCGAGGAUGCGUACAGAAAGGAUUACGCGUGGAGUUUUAAUUCAUUCCUUCCACACUUUCAUUCUGGCUUUGUGCGUCUUGGACAUUUCGGGUUCAGCGGCCGAAGUGAACCUGUCGGAGUCUGGGGAGAUCGAGCCAUUGGCUGAGGCCCAGAGUGGAGGCUUGCCAACAGCUGAAGGCUACUUCCUGGAGUUCGUGGAGCAGCCGAGCAACAUGACCAUAAUGCAGGGCCAGGCGGCCACGCUGCACUGCAAGGUAGCCGGUAACCCACGGCCCACCAUCCGCUGGCUGAAGAACGACGUCCCUGUGGUGCAGGAGCAGGGCCGCAUCUCCAUCCGAAAAACUGAGUUCGGCUCUAAACUCCGCAUCCAGGACCUGGACACCACCGACACGGGCUACUACCAGUGCGUCGCCUCCAGUGCGCUCAAAGUCAUCUCCGCCACCGGUGUGCUGUAUGUGCGGCUAGGCCAGUCUCCAACCCAUGGCCCAGAUGAUGCGACCCAUGAGAAGGGCUUCUGCCAGCCAUACCGGGGCAUCGCCUGUGCACGCUUUAUCGGGAACAGGAGCAUCUAUGUGGAGUCUCUGCAGAUGCAGGGAGAAAGUGAGAACCGUAUCACAGCUGCUUUCACCAUGAUCGGCACUUCCACUCAGUUGUCUGACCAGUGCUCCCAGUUUGCCAUCCCCUCAUUCUGCCACUACGUCUUUCCACUGUGCGAGGAAGGCACCAGGGGCCCGCGGCAGCGGCAGCUCUGUAGGGAUGAGUGCGAGGCUCUGGAGAACGACCUAUGCCGCACAGAGUACACCAUUGCCCGUUCCAACCCACUCAUCCUCAUGCAGUUGGAGCUGCCCAACUGCAACCUGCUUCCCCAUCCAGGCUCACCCGAUGCUGCCAGCUGCAUGCGCAUUGGUGUGCCCGUCGACCGUCUGGAGACAUAUUCUCCCCCAGAUCACAGCUGCUAUAAUGGCAGUGGUGCUAAUUACAGAGGCACUGUCAGUGUAACCAAGUCUGGGUACCAGUGCCAGCCUUGGAGUGCCCAGUACCCGCACAACCAUCACUUGACACCUGUUGAGCACCCGGAGCUCAGAGGAGGGCACAACUUCUGCAGGAACCCAGGGGGACAGAUGGAAAGUCCAUGGUGCUUCACACUUGAUCCCCGUGUGAGGGUGGAUCUCUGUGACAUCCGUUCAUGCAAGCCUCCAGAGAACGUGAAGAAGGAAAUCCUCUACAUCCUCAUCCCUAGUAUCACCAUCCCACUGGUCAUUGCCUGCCUUUUCUUCCUGGUGUGCAUGUGCCGUAACAAGCAGAAGGAGUCAGUCGACACUCCUCCUCGCCGGCAGCUCUCAGCCUCUCCCAGUCAAGACAUGGAGAUGCCACUCCUGAACCAGCACAAACACCAGGGAAAGCUCAGAGAAAUCAACUUGUCAGCUGUACGGUUCAUGGAGGAGCUUGGAGAGGACCGCUUUGGAAAGGUCUACAAAGGUCACCUCUACGGCACCGCCCCAGGAGAGCAGACCCAGGUGGUGGCUAUUAAAACAGUGAAAGACAAGGAUGAAGGAAGUCUGCGGGAGGAGUUCCGUCACGAGGCCAUGCUCCGUUCCCGCCUGCAGCACCCCAACAUUGUGUGCCUCCUGGGUGUAGUGACCAAAGAGCAGCCCAUGAGCAUGAUCUUCAGUUACUCGGGCCAUGGUGACCUUCACGAGUUCCUGGUCAUGCGCUCACCACAUUCUGAUGUGGGCAGCUCAGAUGACGACAAAACGGUCAAGUCAGCCCUCGAGCAGGCGGACUUCCUACACAUAGUCACUCAGGUGGCAGCUGGGAUGGAAUACCUGUCCAGUCACCACGUGGUCCACAAAGAUCUUGCUGCUCGGAACAUCCUGGUCUGCGACAAGCUCAACGUGAAGAUUCUUGACCUUGGGCUGUUCCGGGAGGUGUACUCUGCUGACUACUACAAAUUGAUGGGCAACAGUCCCUUCCCCAUCCGGUGGAUGUCCCCAGAGGCCAUCAUGUAUGGCAAGUUCUCCACCGACUCCGACAUUUGGUCCUAUGGAGUGGUGCUGUGGGAGAUCUUUAGCUAUGGCCUUCAGCCCUACUGUGGCUACUCCAACCAGGAUGUAAUUGAGAUGGUGCGCAACAGACAAGUGCUGUCUUGCCCUGAUGACUGCCCUUCCUGGAUCUACACCCUCAUGCUGGAGUGCUGGAAUGAGUUCCCUGCGCGGCGGCCACGCUUCAAAGACAUCCAUGCACGCUUACGCACCUGGGAAAGCUUGUCCAACUACAACAGCUCAGCACAGACCUCUGGAGCCAGCAACACAACCCAGACCAGCUCUCUCAGCACAAGCCCAGUCAGUAACAUCAGCGCUGCACGCUAUGUCACCCCCAAAAAGGCCUCACCCUUCCCCCAGCCCCAGUUUAUGCCCAUGAAGGGCCAAAUGAGGCCCAUGGUACCACCCCAGCUUUACAUCCCUGUUAACGGCUACCAGCCUGUGCCAGCCUAUCCAUACCUCCAGAACUUCUACCCCAUGCAGAUCCCCAUGCAAAUGCCCUCACAGCAGAUGCACCCGCAAAUGGUAGCUAAGGCAGGUUCGCAUCACAGUGGCAGUGGCUCUACCAGCACAGGAUAUGUCACUACAGCACCAUCCAAUGCUUCGGGGACGGAGAAGGCUGGCCUCCUGAGUGAAGAUGCUAAGGCAGCCGAUGAGAACAUGGCUGAUGGUGCUUCCCAAAAUGGCCUGCAUAACGAGGACACUUCUGUUCCUGAAACAGAGCUUUUGGGGGACAAUGACAGCCCACAGAUUGAUGACUGCGAGAUGCAUUCAGAGGCAUAGGCGGCCCUGUAGGACCCAAUGACAGCGAGAGCUGUUCUGUGAAGUGUGACUUUGUACCGUCUGCCAGUUGAGCAUCAGUCUGAAAAACAGUGAAGGGAAACCAUUGAUUGUGGGGAAAACUGAAUAUUAUUUAUAGGUUUUUUGGCAGUCGCAAAAACAUGACUUUUUCACUUUUGGAGGCUGUACCUUCAGGACUGGUGACAGCUGUACCACUGAGCUGCCUUCAGAUCUGUCUGCAAUGAAGAAUCUAACUCCUUACCUUUCUGCUGUUAGGUGCGUUGCUGACAAGACACGUGGACAGUUUUUCUUUCUUUUUUUUAAAUCAAACUUGUUGCAAAGCCAUUCAGAAGAAUUUUUGUUCUUACUGUUGCUGUGCAACAUGAAGCAAUUGUAUCUUUUUAUAAGGAGUUCUGUACUUGCCACCCAUUAAUGUUUUCAAUGUUUUGUUUUGUUUUCACUUCCAAGACCAUCAUAUAGGAAAGGUCAGGCAGUUUGAGUACCUAAUGUCUAUCUCCUGUUCUCAGUGAAAUGAGAAUGACUUAUCAUGUUUACUGCGUUGAUGUUUAUGUUGAUUGUGUCCCACUGAGUCUGAAUGUGGCCGUGAGGUAAUGGAGCACCAAUUUUUAAGUGACUGGCCAAAAUCUAUGCAACACUCUGUCACAAACUGCCUUAAAUACUAUCGGCAUGUAGAAACUUAAAGGUCAACGGAUGUUGGUCCCAAAACAUCUGUCUGAAUUUUUUUAUUUUGUUUUUUUAAAUAUAGUGCUUGUAAGGUUGAAGCUCUGUUGUAAAGAUUUGUAAUUUAUGUCAUUGAUUCUCUUAAAGAAAAUAAGUGAUUCUUUUAUUUUUCUUUGUCUCUCUUUUAAACGAUUUUGUUUAGCCAGCGAUAUUACUUUUAAUUUUGUUUAAAACCAGAUACUUGCUUUUUAUCAAGCCGUUAUAACAGAACUUAAUCGUAUAUUGUGUACAUCCAGCGAAAUGGAGUGUCAAAUAAAGUGAUCUGUGACACACAU